AUGGGAAUAUCAACCCGUGCCUGGCAGAUCUGGCGUUACCUAAAGGGACAGUGGCAUGAAGAUAUUCUUGAUCUACAUGCACGGUACGGCCCAUUGGUACGGAUUGGCCCAAACGCGGUAUCUAUGCUUGACGCCACUCAUGGACUACGGACGAUUUACGGACAUGGCACCAAAGCAACGAAGACCGACUGGUAUCUGAUCUGGAACAGCAGUGGGAGGAUCGCCAAUACUUCCUUUAGUGAAAUAGAUGUCAGUGAGCAUUCGCGAAAGCGCAAGCAAGUUGCGAAAGCAUAUGCAAUGACAUCUAUUCUCAAAAUGGAAGAAUACAUUCAAGGUGCUGUCGAUCUGAGCAGAGAAACCUUUGCACAAUGCAUCGAAGAGGCGAGCAAAAGCGAGGCAGUUUUAGAUAUGGCUAUAUACACUCAAGCGUUUGCCUUCGAUGUUUUGGGAGAAAUCGGGUUUGGGGGCAGCUUUGAUCUUUUGAAAACUAGAGGUCAGGGAGAGUCAAAGUCUAUUGUCGAAGCGAUCGAUUUGAGCUUCCUGGUUCUGGCAAACUCGGGAUACCUUCCUGGCAAGCUUCGCUGGCUAAAGUCCAAUGUAAUAAGAGUGGUCUGCAAGCUAUUCAACGUUGACUUAAGCAAGCUCCAGCAGUUGUUCAAAGUGACGCAAUACGCCGAGGAGAUGGUCCUGAAACGGCAACAAGAAAAGGCUUCUCGCACCGAUCUCCUUCAACAAUUUAUCGAUUCCAAGACUAGUAACGGAGACCCUUUAGACCAACGAGAGCUACUUGGAGAAGUUGUCAGCCUCUUGGGAGCUGGAGCAGACACCUCAGCUAUUGGUAUCCGAAGCGUCUUGGGUUCCCUUCUUGUCGAUCGCGCUGGUUAUACGAAGCUUACACAUGAGAUUGACUCCUUUUAUGUCACCCAGAACUUGGAAGGUCGGGAGAUCAAAUACACAGAAUGUCUCGAAUUGCCAUAUCUGCAGGCGGUGGUCAAAGAAGGCUUGCGCAUGCACCCAUCCAUCCAGUUUCAACUUCCUCGUUCCGCCCCUGAGGGUGGUGUCACGAUAUGCAAUGCAUUCGUUCCCGGAGGGACCGAGAUUUCUAUGUCACCGCUUGCAAGUAACCGUGACAAAGCUGUCUUUGGAAAAGACGCAGACAUUUGGAACCCAGAAAGGUGGUUGGAGAGCAACGAAAGAUCGGCUUGGAUGGACAAACAUCUUGUCACAUUUGGAUACGGUGCAAGAUCCUGUUUGGGAAAAAAUAUCGCUUUGGUGGAAAUCAAUCUCUAUAUUGUGCAGCUGUUACGCCACUUCAAACUCGAAAUCGCCAAUCCUAGUCAGCCAUGGACUGUCCACACUUGCUGGUCGUCAAGUCAAAGGGAUAUGUUUAUGAAGAUCACCAAGCGGAAUUGGUAG